AUGGUGGCCACACUCACGGCCAUAGGAGUCAACCUUUCCAUUGUUAUAGUGGCAAUGAGCAGAGACUCCUCCUGGGACGAAUAUACUCAAAGACAGAUCCUAGGAGCUUGUUACUAUGGUUUCGCCCUUAGCAGUCCCUUGGGCGGGCGUGUGGCUAAGAUCAUGGACGGGAAAUGGGUGGUCGGGAUGGACGCCUUCCUCACCGCCCAUCUGACGCUGCUCGCGCCCCUCUGCGCUACCCACUCCACCGACCUCUUCUUGACAGUCUUGGUGCUCAGGGGUGCCACAGAGGGUGUGUUUCCCCGCUAUCACUUCCCUCUUGGCCCUCAGAGUGCCACGCUCAGAAAAAGACAUAUUUACUUCAUUUGUUUACGGAGGUACUCGGGUGGGGGUCGCAGUGAGCUUGAUAUUGUCCGGAUGGCUCUACGACAACCUCCUCCUCGGGGAUGGCCCUCCACCUUCUACUUCUUCGGGGGGUUCGGCGUCCUUGGUGGCGCUCUGACUCUUGGCCAGGAACUCCUGAAGCCCAGAGUAAAGGAGUACUAUACUUUUUCGGAAAGUCGGCUGGACUCUCGGUUCUCUUCAGACAACAAGGCAGUAAGUUCAAGGGAAGUUGUCACGGAGUUGGAGUCAGGAAUGCCAAGAAGCCUUUCAGAAGCUCAAGAAUGCAUUUGUGACGGCUCCGGUUUUGGCAGUACUAGAGUCCUGCUGAUGCUCCCGCCACAGCAGUGA